UUUUUUUUUUUUUUUUUUUUCUUUUAACAUGAAGUUCACCAUCUUGACAACCGCCUUAGUGAUGGCUGGCUAUGCCACUGCCGUUCCUAUGGUCAACCCUAAUUCUUUCUCCGAUGGUGGGUACGUUGCACCUUUGUAUGCUCCUAUGGAAGCUGAGGCAGUUCGAGGCUCUUACAUUGUUGUCCUCAAGAACAACCUCUCGGUCCAACAAGUGGAGAACCAUGCCGAAUGGAUCAGCUCCAUGUCCGCUGCCUACUCAUUUAACAAUGGUGGGGAUUACUUGGACGGCACCAACGAACAAGGCAUCAACCAUGUUUAUGAAAUGCCAAGCUUUAAGGGUUACUCGGGUAAAUUCGACAAGAAGUUGUUGGACGCCAUUCGUCAAUCGGAUGAAGUUGCCUAUGUCGAAGAAGACUCCGUUGUCUAUGCCAGUGAGUUACAACGUGGUGCUCCUUGGGGUCUCGCUCGUAUCUCUACUCGUAACAGACUCUCACUUCGUAACUUUAAUAAAUACAACUAUGAUGCUAAUUCGGCCGGUGAGGGUGUCAAGGUCUAUGUGAUUGAUACUGGUAUCAAUAUCGAUCAUGUUGACUUGGAAGGUCGUGCUAUCUGGGGUAAAACUAUCCCCAAGAAUGACGAGGAUGUGGAUGGAAACGGUCACGGCUCUCAUUGUUCAGGUACCAUUGGCGGAAAGAAAUACGGUGUUGCCAAGAAGUCCAUCCCUGUUGCCGUCAAGGUCUUAGCCUCCAAUGGCUCUGGCUCUAUGAGUGACGUUGUAAAGGGUGUCGAUUGGGCCACCAGUGAUUUCCUCAAAGAUAAGAAGGCUGCACUUCAAUCUGGUAAAAAGUUUAAGGGAUCCGCAGCAAACAUGAGUUUGGGUGGUGGAAAAUCACCUUCAUUGGAUGCUACCGUGAACGGUGCAGUGGAUGCUGGUCUUGUCUUUGCCGUGGCUGCUGGUAACGAUAACAAGGAUGCUUGUGGUUAUUCUCCUGCCAGAGCUGAAAAGGCCAUCACGGUGGGCGCCUCUACCAUCUUUGAUGAAAGAGCUUAUUUCUCCAACUUUGGUAAGUGUGUCGAUGUCUUUGCUCCUGGUUUGAACAUUGAGUCCAUCUGGAAUACCAACAAGCGUGCUACAAACACUAUCUCCGGUACAUCCAUGGCCUCUCCUCAUGUUGCUGGUUUAGCUGCCUAUCUCUUGGCUUUAUCUGAACCUGGUACCACUCCCAAGGAAAUCAAGAAGCAACUUCUUGAAUUGAGUACACCUAAUGUAUUCAAGGACCUUCCCAAGGAUACCCCCAAUCUCUUAAUCUACAACGGUUUCGAGUAAAUCUUUCAACUUUUAUACAAAUGCUUAUACUAUCGGAAAUAUUAUUUUUUUUCUUUUACAUAAAUUCUCUCUCUCUCUCU